AUGUGCCAUGGCAGGAUAGCACCAAAGAGCACCUCAGCGUCUGCCGUGGCCUCUGUGGGACAUGGAGCGUUCCUUCCACUGGUGAUCCUUAGCACCCUCCUUGGAGACGGACUUGCCUCAGUGUGUUCCCUGCCCCCGGAGCCAGAGAAUGGUGGCUACGUCUGCCACCCCCGGCCCUGCAGAGACCCCUUGAACUCGGGCAGUGUCAUCGAGUACCUGUGUGCUGAAGGCUACGUGCUAAAAGGCGAUUACAAAUACCUGACGUGUAAGAAUGGUGAAUGGAAACCAGCCAUGGAGAUUAGCUGCCAUCUUAACGAGGAGAAAGACACCAAGACAUCACUUGGGGUCCCCACACUGUCCAUCGUGGCUUCCACUGCCAGCUCCGUGGCACUCAUUCUCCUCCUUGUGGUGCUGUUUGUGUUGCUGCAGCCAAAGCUGAAGUCUUUCCAUCAUAGCAGGCGUGACCAGGGGGUAUCUGGGGACCAAGUCUCCAUCAUGGUGGAUGGAGUCCAAGUUGCACUACCGUCAUAUGAAGAGGCUGUGUAUGGCAGUUCCGGUCACUGCGUGCCGCCCGCUGACCCCAGAGUGCAGAUUGUGCUGUCAGAGGGGUCUGGGCCUAGUGAGAGGAAUGGGCCAAGGGAGCAGCAGCUACAGGACCAGGGGGCCUGCUCCUCUGCAGGUGGAGAGGAGGAGGCCCCGGGCCAGUCUGGACUGUGUGAAGCCUGGGGCUCCCAGGGCUCAGAGACUGUGAUAGUGCAUCAGGCAACCACCUCUUCCUGGGUGGCCGGCUCAGGGAACAGCCAGCUGGCACACAAAGAAGCCCCGGAUUCAGAGAACAGUGACAUACAAAGCCUCUUAUCCCUCACAUCGGAGGACUACACAGACGACAUCCCGCUGUUGAAAGAAGCAUGA